CAACUGCAGAACGCGGAAAUAAGAAUACACCCGCCUGCGGUAGCUUUUUAAAUACAUUCAUCGAGGAUGUGGGCUACAUUUUCUCUGAUUAAUCUAGGAUGAUUAAUGUAUUAUCAACGUAUAUUUGUUUUGAACCACGCUAGCUACCGAAGGAAAGUGCGGAAAUGUCAAGUCCGAGGGAAUUGAAGGAGGCGUUCGUCAGCAAUCUGAAUGGGACCAGCCUUGGGGAAGUUGCCCUGGGCUCCUUUCUGGCCCCGCUGUGUCUGAUCAGCAGAGGACUGGUUCUGAUUCUAUACCAUCUGGGCAAGGGGGUGCUCCCCCUCCCCUGGAUCGCCCACUUCGUCCUGGACUUCUCCAUGAUCAUACUACCACUGGUCUUAUCGUGCACUGUUCUGAGUGACAUCCUUCACCUAGUCAUCCUGGGCCUGGCGGUUGUGUGUGGGGCUGUGCUAUGCUAUAUCUACCGUACCAAAAGGACAACCGCUGUCAAGAGCUUCUUCCAGAGCCGUGUUCAGUGCGACCAGGUCCCCUUUGUGACUAUCUUUCGAGUCCUGGUCAAUGUGAAAACGGCCAUAAGCAUUCUAGCUGUCGACUUCAGCGUGUUCCCCAGACGCUAUGCGAAAACGGAAACCUACGGAACAGGGGUUAUGGACUUUGGUGUCGGAGCAUAUGUCCUCGCUAACGCCCUCGUCUGCCCAGAGGCACGGAGGAAGGAAGUCUCAGGAUCCAAGUUAAGCCAAGUGGUAAAACAGUUCAUGUCUGUCUGGCCCCUGGUCAUUCUAGGCUUGGCCAGGCUGGUGAGCGUCAAAAUGUCUGGUUACCACGAGCACGUGUCAGAGUAUGGUGUGCACUGGAACUUCUUCUUCACCCUAGCCAUAGUCCGAGUAGGGGCUUCUGUUCUCUUGGCUCUGUUCCCUGUCAACAGGUCAUGGCUCCUGGCUCUUCUGAUUGGAGGGCUUUACCAAGUGACCCUGGAGAUGUCUGGGCUGAAGUAUUCCAUCAUCCACAACGAUGACAGGACAGGAGGAUUUCUGCAAGCCAACAAGGAGGGGGUUUCAUCUGUUGUGGGCUACAUAGCCAUCUACAUGGCAGGGGUCCAGAUUGGACUGUACAUAAUGCGACCAAGGACACAGGUCAAAGAGUGGAUCAGAGUGAUUUGGAAUCUCUUGUUGGUUAGUGCUGUACUGUAUACUACCUUGGUCCUAUGUCAGGCCUCUGUUGAGCGAGUGUCUCGCAGGAUGGCCAAUCUACCAUUCUGCCUCUGGACCAUUGCCCAGUCAAUGUUUUUCUUGUCCUGUUUAGCAACUGCUGAUGUUAUUUUGGUUUUUAUGAAAACGGUAUCAGGUUGUUCAUUGGUGUCCUCUUCCUGGUAUCCUUGUAGAAAGGAAGCUUCUGCAUCUGAGGAGAAAAUGGAGAAGAAAGUUGAGGGACUUUGUCUCAUUCAAGCUGUGAACCGUAAUCAGUUGUUGUUUUUCAUGCUUGCCAAUUUACUGACUGGAAUCACAAAUGUGCUAGUAGAUACAUUCAACAGUAGUGAUUACAUUUCUGUGUGUGUUUUGCUGUCAUACAUGUUCAUAAAUAGUUUUGCCAUGUACAUUUUACAUCUCAUGAAAAUCACAGUAAAAUUCUGGUAAGCACAGUGCUGUUCUCUUUACAAUGACUGACCUCUUCUUAUUUUAGCAGUCAUAAAGACUUAUUCAAAUAAA